AUGUCGAUCCCCGUCCUCGACGAGCAGUUCCUGCCCCGCCUCGUCUGCGUCUUCUACGCCAUCUUCCACCCGACCGAAGGGCCCAAGGUCGUCUACCAAGUGCCCGAGGGAUCAGUCUGCGAUCAGCGCCUCGACGACGUCGCAAAGAGUCCGGCGCAAAAACCGAAGCAGGACGACGAGCAGCAACGACACCAGCAGCAUCCCUCCAGCGGCAGCAAGGAAGAUGCCCAUUCCACCGGCCCCUCGGGCGCGUCCAAGGCGCAGGUGCUUUCGGGCGACCCCCUCUUUGACUUUGCCCCGCUGUCCGAGUAUCUCAUACCCAAGGCGCCCCUCUGCGGCAGGCUAGUCGCCUGUACGGCCAGAAGCUUGCGCAAGCCCCGCAAGGCCGACUCGACCUCGGAGCAAGCGGCGACAGGCGAUCCGCAACCUCCGUCUUCCUCGUCACGCUCCGACAUAUCGGCCGCAGCCGGACCGUCGACGUCUCCACCAGGCUCUCCGUCGUCCUCGACACACUCGCGGUCCGGUCCGCGGCCGCAGUCCAGCAGCACGCGGCCGGUCGGUAGGGGUCCCACCGCCUCGGCUCGCUCGUACAAGAUUCUGGGCAACCCGAUCCUCAUCGAGGACGCCGCCCGCUACCGGAGGAACAACUUCAUCUUCAACCUCUGCUUUGUCUUUGAGGGCCAUUCCGACGUGCGCGCUUACGAGCCCGUCGUCCGCAAGUGCGGGAGGGUGCUGCGCGGCCUCGAAGAGUCGCAAUCGUUCCUCUCCAACCCCAGGAGCAUGUCGAGGGUGUACGGCAUCAUCGAGCAGCUGUACGAGGACCUCAACUCGUACUGCGAGAGCUUCGUCGCGCUGCCAGAGGCGCCCUACACGUCCUACAUCCUCGCCUCGAGCCCGCAGACGAUGAACAAGCUCUCUUCGCCCAUCGUCGGGCCCCACGACUUCCUCUCGCUCGGAGCCAGCGCCACGUCUCUGCGCGACGAGCACCAGCGCAAGGUGCUGGCGCAGCACCUCCGUCAGAUGCACAUUUCGCCGUCCAAGUCGCUCGACGCCGAUCCGAGGAGCAGCACCCACACGCCGCCGGGGCCGCGCUCGCGGGCGCCGUCGAACGGCGAAAGCCCGAGACCGGUGCUCUCGCCGCUGAGCAGCAUCCGACCCGAGACGAUGAGAAGGACCUGGACCGCAGCGACGGCCGAUGCGGGCGGAGGCGCUGUCGGCGCUGGCGGCGCUGUAUCGAGCCCGAAGUCGCCAGAGACGACGCAUGCGCUCCCAUCGCCACGGUCGCGGCGACCGACAGUUUCGCGGUCCGCCACGCUGGCGAGUCUGACGGGCCCCAUCAAAGAGACCUUGCCGACCGCAGCGGCCGCGAGCCCAUCCUCGUCGAUCACCAAGACCUGGUCGGAGGCGCGCUUCAGUGCCCUCGGACGGGUGAGCGCAGAGGAACAGAGCGAGCUCGCCAAAGGCCUGAUGGCGGCCGAGACUGGCCUGCAUGGCGAGCCUGGGCAAGCGGCCGACCGCGCCGACGGCAGCCUCAGCGCGCGAAGGUCGAGCGGCGGCAGCCCGGCGAUCCCCGCGAGCGGCAGCGACAGCAACGCGCUGGUCGACAGCAUCGUGUCCCUUCAGACCAUCGACGCCGCGCUCUCCAACUCGAUCAACGCGCUGCGCCACGACACGUCCGACGUCACGACCAAGUCUGGCAUCGCAGAGCGCCGCGAACCGCCGCACGGCCUCGGCCGCACCGUGCGCGACGCCGUCAACCUCAAGCUCUUUCCCACCUACCCCAACCCGCCGCCGGUCAAUGACUGGGACGUGCCCGUGGCGCUGCUCGAUCUCGGCAGCCGCGUCGACGGCAACUGGGACCUGACCAUGGCGCGCAUCUUUCCGUUCAUCGACGGCGUCAACCACGUCAAGCGCAUCGCCCAGCUCGCCGACGCCGAGCUCGGACUGGCGCGCUCGUGCAUCGAGCACCUGCUCUACUACGGCUGCAUCAUCGUCAUCGACAUCUUCCAGUACUUCAACAUGUAUACGGUGCGGCCGGCGAUUGCGAGGAUGGCCGACGACGAGACCAUGGGUCGCGAGUGCGCCACGUACGUCACGCGGCCAGGCUACCCGUUGCCGUCGUACCCGGAGCUGCUGCGGCUCUACUCGCUGCUGCGGCCGGGCAAGAACCUGCACGACUGGAUCGAGGACAACGACGUCGACGCCAAGGGCAUCGACGUGCGGCGCUUUGUCUCGUUUGGCGUCAUCCAGGGCUUUCUGCGGCGCGUGCGCCGCUACCCGAUCUACCUGGCGCGUGAGCCCGCCCCGGCGACUGCGACGAUCGACGGCGAGUCGCGCCUCGAUGCUUCGAUGAUCUCGACGGUGCGCGACUCGCCGAUGUUCAGGUCGAACGAAUCGCCGUCGUCGCGGGCGCGGCGAGACCAGAGCGGCAGUCGCGAGCCGCGCGACCGACGGCCGAGGGAGCUGACGGGCGGCCAGGCCGUGCCCGCGAGCACGGGGAGGGUGCUGCGAGAUGGCCACGUCGCGACGGAUCGUUUCGACGGCGCGCAGGCCGCAGUCGCGCAGCAGCGGCGGACCGCUUCCGAGGCGGCGGGCUACGAGGCCAGCGCGCACGCCUCGGACACGACGUCGCGUGCCAACACGGCGCGGUUCGGCACCUCGCCGACCAAGCGGCACGCCCAGCGUGCGCGCCAGCGUGCGGGCUACCAUCAUCCAACGGCCACGGUGAUUGACGUUGCCAGCGUGGCAUUCGACAUCCGCGACAGCGCCAAGCAGACGGUCCCGUCCGGCCCUCGGUCGCCCCGGAAGCGGAUCAGCAGCCAGAACAUCGGGCUUGGGCUUGGCCACGGCUCCGGCUUCGCCUCGGCUGGCAUCGGCGGCGGCGGCGGUGGCGGCGCAAGCGGCUCGGGCAUUGCCGGUGCGAGCGGGAUAUCGCAAUCGCAGCGCUCGGUGGUCAUUGUGCCGCCGGAGCUGCCGGAGAUGCUCGACGGGACGCGGUGCGACGACGAGCUGUGCGUCCACUUCGGCGUCAGCUGGCCGGAGCUCGAGAAGAUGCUGAUCCAGCUCGGCACCGACCGGAGGGACGGGCUGCGGCGGUACGGGGCGGGCGACGAUUCCGACGACGGCGGCGGCGGUGUGACGGCCUCGGGAUCGCGCGGGCCCGACCACUGGAGGCGGACCGCGGCGACGUCGUCUGGGUUGACGAGCGGAGGCGGGGGCGGCACGGCCAACAGCGGUGUGGGCGGUGCCAGUUCUGGGUGGAGUCGCGCGGCGAGGAUGUCGGGCAUCGGCAGCGGCGUCUACUCCGGCCACAUGCACAUGCGAUCCGCCACAGGCGGUACGGCAGCGGGAGCUGGGGGCGAGAGCGGCAGCGGCUGGGGCGCGGGCUCGGAGGAUGCUGCUGGGCCAGGCUGGUCGGGCUUUGGAGGCCUGGACCGCCAGACGAUUGAGGCGGGCGACCUGGGGCGCGUCAAGGUGCUCCUCCAGUAG